CACGGGAAUGUGAGGAGGAAGUGAGAGAAGGAAGACGAGAGACCAGCAAGAAAAUACAAUCAGCAUGGCAUCCAGGAAGAAAGUUCUGUUGAAAGUCAUCAUCCUUGGUGACUCAGGUGUUGGAAAAACAUCAUUAAUGAACCAGUAUGUUAACAAAAAGUUCAGUAAUCAGUACAAAGCUACAAUAGGAGCUGACUUUUUGACAAAAGAAGUGAUGGUUGAAGACAAACUUGUUACUCUACAGAUUUGGGACACAGCUGGACAGGAGCGGUUUCAGUCUCUGGGAGUGGCAUUUUAUCGUGGGGCUGACUGUUGUGUGCUGGUUUUUGAUGUCACUGCUCCCACCACCUUUAAAACGCUGGACUCCUGGAGAGAUGAGUUUUUGAUUCAAGCUAGCCCUCGCGACCCAGACAACUUCCCUUUUGUGGUGCUCGGCAACAAGGUUGACCUGGAAAACAGACAGGUGUUGACAAAGCGAGCACAGGCCUGGUGUCAGAGUAAAAACAACAUACCCUACUUUGAAACCAGUGCAAAAGAGGCCAUAAAUGUGGAACAGGCAUUUCAAACUAUUGCCAGCAAUGCCUUAAAACAGGAGACCGAAGUGGAGCUGUAUAAUGAGUUUCCUGAGCCGAUUAAGUUGGACCGAAACAGCAGCUCAAGCUCAUCAGAGCAAAGCUGCAGCUGCUGAGACAUGUUUACAUAGACACUAACAUGAACUGUUUGAUGGAAACAGAUUUGCACAUUCUAAUCUUUUUGUUUAGACUUUUACUCAAAGGCAUACACACUUUUAUUCAUUGUCUAGCUAAUUAACUCUUCUUGGGUAAGACAACAGGCUGGCAGAAAACUGAAAGAAAUUAUAGUGAAAUUAAGCCUCAUUUACAAAAAUGCAACAUUCUUCUACAAUUGUUAAAAUUGUUUAUUUUUUUACAAGGUUUCACACUGGAGCACAGGUUUCCACACAUUUAUCACUCAGCCUAUUAGUUUAUUCUCUGUUUAUUAUAUUACUGUAUUCAGCUUUUUGUUGGCACUCAAUUUGUUGGGGCUAAUGUAGGUUACAAUUAAACAUUUCACCAUUUUA